AAGAGGCGCGCAAGAGGAAGCAGCGCUCUUCCUCCUUUCCCUCCUCUCUAGCUGCGUUCAAGCUGCUGCUGUUGCUGCUGCUGCUGGACCAGCAAGAACAGCUUUGAACCGGUUCUGUCGCCGGCUACAAAGCAGUAUGAGGGAUGCAUAGUGCGCAUUGUUGAAGCAGAUUGGUCUCUCUUCUCUUCACAGCAUCAUCAUAAGAAGACUCCAGCUCUCCGGCGUCCUGUGCGCGAUGCUUUCACGUUCACUGUCAUCUGCGGUGAUUUUAUAAGAUUUUAAACAGAGAAAAACUCUGCUGCAUGGAAAGUUCCCGCAGAGCUCCUCGGCUCUGCUCUGCAGGGUCCUGCUGCUGUUUUUGUAGAUGCUUAGGAGCCCCUUCUUCUCUGUCAGAGCUGUAGCAGAUCCCAGAGGGCAACAGUGACACCAUCAGCAGCACCAUGGCUCCUUCUACUGACGUGCUGGACGGAGGCUGGGGAUGGGCGAUUGUCGUGGCCUCCUUCAUGGCCCAGCUCCUGGCCUAUGGGUCGCCCCAGUCGGUGGGCGUCCUCUACCCGGAGUGGCUGCACGCCUUCCAGGAGAGCAAAGGCAUGACUGCCUGGGUGGGCUCGCUGGUGGCUGGAGUGGGACUAAUAGCAAGUCCUGUCUGCAGUGCCUGUGUGGACAACUUUGGGGCUCGUCCCGUGACCAUCUUCAGUGGCGUGAUGGUGGCAGGCGGCCUGAUGCUCAGUGCCUUUGCUCCCAAUGUCCAGUUCCUCAUCUUUUCCUAUGGGAUCGUGGUUGGCUUGGGUUGUGGUCUCGUCUACGCAGCCACAUUGACAAUCACCUGUCAAUAUUUUGACAAGAGACGCGGCCUUGCCCUCGGCAUUGUCACCACAGGCACAAGCGUCGGAGCGUUCAUCUACGCCUCCGCUCAAAACGAGCUGAUCGUGUUGUACGGCCUGGACGGCUGCCUGCUAAUCAUUGGAGCCCUAGCGCUAAACCUCAUGGCCUGCGCGGGCUUUAUGAGGCCCCUUAACAUGCCAGGGUACUACCUCAAGCAGAAGGCCGCCCUGGAGCGCAACACAGAGACGCAACUUUUCGAGAAGCCCCCGUUGGACGACCUGACGAUCACGGCAGGUUCCACCUCGACCACUCCGGAGAAAACCCUGAUGGUGAAGGAGCUGCUCAUCACCAUCGAUGCCAAAGACGUGACCGUUAACACAGAGAAGAAGAAAGACAGCUUCCUGUCUGGGUUGGCCAUCAUGAAAGUCAUCAAGAAGAAGCAGCAGGCUUACUGCAAGUACAUGCACGGCAUGCAUGAGAUCAUGCAGGACCAAGCCAUGGUGGCCUUCUGUAUAGCUGUGUUCCUGUUCAGCCUGGGGGCGUUCCCUCCUGUGCUCUUUAUAGAGGAUGUGGCGCAGAGUCAAGGACUCAUUGAAGAAGUUAGUGUCAUUCCUCUGGUAUCAAUAGGGGCCAUCGCCAGUUGCGUGGGUAAACUAGCGCUGGGUGUGCUGGUGGACAUCAGGUGGAUUAACGGCAUCUAUCUGUACGCCUUCACCAUGUUUGCUGGAGGUGUGUCACUGUUGCUUAUCCCUCUCACUAAGAGUUAUCUGGGACUGCAGAUCCUGUCUGUCGUCCUGGGUUUCUUCUCUGGAAACUGGUCUCUCACCUCCUACAUCACCACUAACAUUGUCGGCUUGGACAGACUGACACAAGCCCACGGCAUCCUCAUGUUCUUCGGGGGAUUUGGGAUCAUGCUUGGACCCCCUGUUGUCGGGUGGUUCUUUGACUAUACGCAGUCGUAUGACUUGGCGUUCUACUUCAGCGGGGGCUGCGUAGAGCUGGGAGCGGUCAUUCUCUUUCUGCUCAACCUUCCCUGCUGGAACAAGAAGCACUCGGAGAACGACAGACCAGACGUCCAUUACACCAGCAACUGUGAGAAAGUUGCCUCCGUAGCCUGAAUAUAAGCACCUUUCAUAUGGACUCAAAUCUCACCCCUAUACUGCCCAGCAACUGAUGAACUAUACCCGAACCACCUCUGGGAGGAACUUUCUUUCUUUGACUUUAAAGGAGUUUCCUCCUUUACGUCUGCUGCCAGGUUCUAAUAUACCAAAAUACUUGCCAGAGGUUUUGAAAUACAGGCCUUUCCUCUGAACGUUGCCUGCAUUUCUCAGGUUCAAACCAUAUACUGCAGAUCUUUUUAAAGGUUUGACUCUGACGCCUGUGUUGAUUUUUUUAUUAUUGCCUCAUUUUACGAGGUCAACAGAACAAUAUUGUUCAACUCCCAAAUUCUACAUUGUGUUUAAUAUGUAAACACUGGUUUUCACUUUACUGUAGCUCUGAAAAAAAGACACGGUGCCGUUCAUAAUGCUUGGGAGAAAAACAUUGUUGGGUGUUAAUUUAACACAACUUUGGAAACCACUCUGCAAAUGCACAAGAAAUCUCCCAGGAAUCUUACUGGAACAGGGAUUGGAAUGAGGGAGUGAACGCUUUUUUGAUAAUCAUCAUUUUAGAAAACACAUUUUCUUUAUUUUGUAUCUUGGUUUUAAUAUAUAUCUUAAUUACACCACUAUGUAUCUUUCCAAAGCAUCAAUGAUAGUCAAUGCCUGUCGACACAUAAUGCCUGUUGGAACAAUCCAAAAGCCUUGCUUUAUAGAUCAUUUUUGAGCUCCACAUAACCUCCUGUUUCUAGAUCAGACAGAGACUUUUUGAUUCAGUUAUGUUGAUUCAAACACAUGUAAAACACUGAAGAUAUCCUACUGUAUUUCCAACCUUAAACAGCAUGUUGAUUCUCUUUGUGGCAUGAUUAUCCUGACCUCUGCUGGCACCGAUUGUGACCAGGCUGGUCCUUUUCCAUCAUUGUUGUGUGUGUGUGGUGCCGUAUAUGUUUAUGUGUACAUCGUGUGUGUACAAAUCUGCACACGUGCACAGGAUUGUGUGUGUGUGCAUUGUUUGAUAAACUUUUGUAUUAGCACUAGUUUGUUAAGUCCUAUGUGCUAGUGACUUUUAUAUGCACAAAACCGGCCACAGAGCUGUAAAAAACUGUUUUUGUUCAAGUUGGAAGUUGAUUAUCGUGAUCAUAAUUGUAAUGAAUACAUUGCAAUAGGCUUUUAGAAUCACUUGAAUGUUAUUAAAUACACCACUACAAAUGUAUUUUUGAUAAUUCCGGUUUCAGGCAUAGCCUAAGGGUAAAAUCUGGGACAAUAGCGUUGGCUUUUUGUGUUUGUAGAGGGUAUUUACAAGGUGCAGAUGAGGUACAAUUAGUACUGACCUAGAAGAGACAGUGUGUUUUGGCUGUCACCUCUUAGCCACUCUUUUUUUUGUAUGCCAGUAUUACAAUAUUUAUGUCUGUUAUUAUUUUAUUAUAUCUUUUUAUUUAAAAAGUGCCAAUAAAAGAUAUUUGGAUUUAUAAUAA